AUGACAACCGCAUGUAGGGAUACAUCAUAUAGAUUGCCAUCUCCUCAGUGGCUAGGUAACCCGGACGGCAUCCAAGUAGUGGCAACCGGUUGUUGCAGCCAUGAGUGGGUGGCAAUCUUAUCUUUUGUAACCCAUUCGGUUCCUGAGCCUUGAUCAAAAACCAAACAUUGUGGUGAUAUCUUUUCUAAUCUCUAUAUAUUUUUUUAGAGAUGGAUUCACAAGACUUGACUAGUAUGUACUUCACGAACCUCCUUAGUCAAGAUCCUCAACUCGACCCCACUUACGGUGGGCAAAGUGGAAGUUCUCCGUUAACCCUGCAUGACUCUCCAACCCAACCCCCUAACGAGCCCAUCGGCGUUAGGAAAUCAGUGAGGGGUGCGAAUUUCACCCCCGAAGAAGACAAAUUACUUGUCUCCGCUUGGCUAAAUUGUAGCCUUGAUGCCGUUCAGGGAACAGAUCAAAAAUACUCCCAACUCUGGGAAAAAAUUUUUGAGUACUUCCAGCAAUUUAAAGAAACCACAACUGAGCGGACAAUAAAAUCUCUAAUUCAUCGGUGGUCGGUUAUCCAAAAGGCCACGAACAAAUUUUGUGCGAAACUAGCCCAAGUUGAAGGGUUAAAUCAGAGUGGCAUGACCGACCAAGACAAGUUCGACAAGGCCAAGGUUAUGUACCAAGCGCUAGAGAAAUGCUCUUUCCAAUUUGAGCAUUGCUGGCACCUGUUGAAGGACCAACCUAAGUGGAUUUGGCGCACCACAAAGGAGGAUCCAAAACGAAGGAAGACGAUGUCCCCAUCCCCGACCCCAACUCGAUGUUCUGGCGCUACAAUUGAUUCAGCUUUUGAUAUGGAGGCGGAUGAAGUCAUGGAAAAUGAAGUUAUCGAGUUGGACCGACCAAUUGGGAGGAAAGCUGAGAAAGGAAAACGAAAGGCCCAAAGCAAGCAAGCAGAGGAAAAUUUCCAACUCAGGAAGAUGAAGUAUACUCUUUUGGAGGAGUCACGCGCUCAGGAGAAAGAGUUUUAUCGAAUGAAGGCCGAGAAGAUUGAGUAUGACAAGGAAAAAGAGGAAAAAAAAUUACGCCUUGAGGAUGAACGACUGAGGUUGGAGGCCGAGAAGAUGGUAAUUGAGAGGGAAAAGGAGCUCGCCAAAAUUCGUCAAGAGGACGAAAGGUUAAGGUUGGAGGCGCAGAAAGUGGAGCUAGCCACGAAAGAAAGUGAUCAGCGCAUUAUGAUGAUGGACGUGAGUGGCAUGCCUGAACUGCAGCGGUUAUACUUCCAGCAACUCCAGAGGGAAAUCAUGGCGAGACGCAGUACUUCUCAAGAUUGAACUUCUUGUUUUUUAAUAUUACCAAAUUCAGUUGGCCAUCUUAUUUUUUGUUCUGAACAAUG